AUGACUGAUGAUGAAGAGAAAUAUGCUAGGAGAAUUGCACGUGAUGCUAAUUAUAUUAUAACUGCUGAUCUAAAAAAAUAUGGGUAUAAACAAGGUAAUAAAGUUGACUUUGCUGCAAGUAAUAAUAGACUUGAUUGGAUAAAACAAUUAAUUGAACUUGGAUAUAAAGUAACUACAAAUGCAAUUGCUUAUGCUGCUACAAAUGGACAUCUUGAAGUAAUUAAAUAUUUACAUGAAUUAGGGUAUAAAGGGUAUAAAGGAACAAAAGAUGCAAUAGAUAAUGCUGCUACAAAUGGGCAUCUUGAAGUAAUUAAAUAUUUACAUGAAUUAGGGUAUAAAGGUGAUGAUUAUGCAAUUAAUUAUGCUGCAAGAAAGAAUCACAUUGAAGUAUUUAAAUAUUUACGUUCUGUUGGAUAUGAUGAGACUACUAUAUUUAAGUAA